AUGGAAUUAAGCUUCUUCGCUGCUUUGACAAAUUGCAAAAAACUAUGGAUGUUGGUGUUAUCUUAUAAUCCUCUCAAUGGCAUUCUUCCAGUGUACAUUGGAAAUCUCUCCACUUCUCUUGAUCAUUUGCAGGCAAAUUAUUGUGAAAUUAAAGGUGACAUUCCUAACCAGAUCAGCAAUUUAAGCAAUUUGGCGUUCUUAAAACUAGAAGCUAAUGACAUACAUGGGUUCAUUCUGGUGACAAUCAAAGAGCUGCGGAAUCUUCAAGGUUUGAAACUCCGUCAAAAUAGAAUAGAAGGAUCAAUUCCAAGUGAUCUUUGCUAUUUAAGGAACAUAGGCCUUCUAAAUUUGAGCAAAAAUGAGUUUUAUAAUUCGGUGCCAGUGUGCUUCGGAAAUAUUACGUCUUUAAGAUAUCUCUAUCUAGAAUCCAACAAAUUAACUUCCAGCACACCCACCAACCUAUGGAAACUCAAAGAUCUCUUGGAGGUCAACUUGUCCUCAAAUUCCUUAAUCGGCUACUUGCCCCCAGAAAUUGGAAGUCUAAAGGUUUUGACAAAAGUUGAUCUAUCGAGGAAUCAGUUAUCAGGUAUUGUGCCCAACACAAUUGGAGGCCUACAAGAUCUAUCGACUCUGUUAUUUGCACAUAACAUAUUGCAAGGACCCCUCCCUAACUUUGGUUCAGUUUACAGAGGGAUCCUUUCAGAUGAGACACAUUUGGCUGUAAAAGUAUUCAGUUUACAACAAGAAGGUGCAUUUGAGAGUUUUGACGCAGAAUGUGAAGUACUAAGAAAUCUUCGCCACCGAAAUCUUACAAAAGUCAUCAGCAUUUGCUCUAAUCUUGAUUUCAAAGCUAUUGUGCUCGAGUAUAUGCCCAAUGGAAGCCUUGAAAAGUAG